ACUGAGUGAGACACACACACUGGAGACAAGAGUGAUUUGAAAAAAUCUGCAAAGAGUUCUUCUGAAUUGCGAGAUUCCACUUCGAAGGUUCAUUCUCAGCCUGUUCCACACAAAAGUGAGAAACAUGUCAUCGUGGCCCGACUCAGACACCUGUGGUGCAACAGUCACACUGACACCACCUGAGGUUCAGGCAGGUCAAACCCUAAUAGGCCUCUCGAAUUACUCUGUGAUGGAGUUUAUUGGUGAAGGAUGCUUUGGCAAAGUGGCCAAGUGCAAAAAUCUGGACACCAAGGAAACAGUGGCAGUCAAGAUCUUAAAGAAACACACGGAUAUGGACAAAGAGAUAUCAAUGUUAAACAGCAUCAGUGUCCUGGACUCAGACCUCAGUAAUUUGGUUAAGUUCUUUGAGCAGUUUGAGCGCAUGGGACAGACCUGUCUCGUAUUUGAGAUGCUGGACAGGAGUCUCUACGACCUGCUCAAGGACAGAGACUGGGAGCCACUGUUUGUGAAUGAGAUCCGCCCCAUUGCAAAGCAGCUGCUGGUGGCCUUGGAUGUUCUGAAUGAUAUCGAUAUCCUGCACACAGAUCUGAAACCAGACAACGUAAUGUGUGUCAAUGUACAGGACCAGCCUCUCAGAGUCAAAUUAAUUGACUUUGGUCAAGCCAUUCCAUGCUCUGACGCCCGGCUUGGACUGGAAAUUCAGCCGAUUGGGUACAGGGCUCCAGAAGUUGCCCUCGGCCUCCCCUUCAACCAUGCUAUAGAUGUGUGGGGACUUGGCUGCAUCCUGGCCACCCUCUACCUCGCAGACAAUCUCUUUGAUGUUAACUGCGACUAUCAGAUGAUGAAGUCCAUGGUUGAGGUUUUGGGUCUGCCUGAGAACCACUUGCUCUCUUGUGGUGGAUACACCAAAUACUUUUUCAUUGAGGAGGAUGCUGCAGGUGGAUGGAGAUGGAGACUGAUGACACCAGAGGAGUUUACUUGCGCUAACAACAUGCAAGUGCAAGAGAGGGGCAGCUACAUUGACCCACCCAGCUCUCUGGAGGACCUGCUUUAUAUCUAUGGCAAAGAGGAGGCCGCUGAAUUUGAAGAUAGGAAGGCUUUUGUGGACAUGCUGAAACAUCUGCUGUAUCUUGACAGUAAUGACAGAAUUUCACCCCAUGAAGCUCUGCAGCACCCUUUCAUCACAAUGUCCCACCUGACUGAGCUCCCUGACCGUGGAGACUAUGUGGUCACCUCCCAGUCACUGAUGAGCAUCUGCCCAGUGGAGGAGUCAGCAGACAGGGUCAACACCUCCAUAGCAUCUCAGCAUAAUCAGGGGUCAGCUCUAGGCUGUCCUGUUGGAAGUACUGGGAACGCUAGUACCAUUAAUGUCUGUCUAGGAACCUGGCCAUUUAGUGGACCAGAUACCAGCAUCUGUUGUAAAGAUGGAUCUGUAGUUUCCUGGAAUUCAAAUGGAGCCUCUGGAGACUUAAGUGAAAAAGCCCUAGUUCCGGUGUCAUCUGAUGGAGGUAAAGAUUAUCUCACUGCCUGGUAUUCCGACGGACCACAUCCCUGCUCCUAUGAUGAUAAUCCAGUUGCUUGGUCUUCUGAUGGAACUAAAGCAACAGACUCUCUAGGACCACUGAAGGCUCUUUGCAAUUUCUUCCACAUCAUUGGAGCUGCCUUUGGAUGCUGUUGGUCCGACUCUGUGGAGGACUGAUUUUCUUUUAUUUGAUUGUGAUUUCUUUUUCUUUUCAUGUACUCAUUUAUUCCACUUUCAUUCAUGGUGGAAAAUGGCAUGUGGGAAAUAAA